UGAAUUAAACAAGGCAGCAGUAACAGCAACAACAAGCUGAGACAUUUCCUUUGUAACCAUUUACAAAAAAGAAAACUGCAGCGUUUCCUGAUUUCUGGCUGGGAUUCCCGGAGCUGCUGUGUAACAAAAAAAAAGGGGGAGAUCAGGUGCUGUUUUUCCAUUCCAUGGAGUUAACGAGGAAAGCGUCAGAGGCUUGAUCCACUGGGGAUUUCCGGAUAUUCCAGAGAGGGCUACAAAUGGGAAUUCUGUUCCUAUCCUGGUGUUGGCACUCGGCUUGUUUAUGCUCAGGACAUCUGGGGCUUUGAGAAAUGGGAUUUACUGCAACCUCCAAUUAUUUCAUGGUCAAACUGAAAGACCUCGUUCUUCGCUGAGCUGUAGGCUGGACCUUCCCCUACCAUCAAUCCUAGGAAUGGCCUUCCCAGAUUCCAACCUCCUCAACACCUUCUCGUGCAUCAUUAGCCGAAAUGGAUACCCAAUCUAAUCCAGCAUGUGAAUAAAUGGACUGAUAAUCCAGGAGCAAGAUUCUUUUUGUUUUGCAUCUUCCUUUUUUUUCGUGUUUCCUGGUUUUGUUUGAACAUGACCCAUGGAGAGGAGCUUUGCUCUGAGAUGCACCAGGAUUCAGUUGUGUUAACGUACCUCGAGAGUGUCUUAAUGCAUCAAGCAUCCGGGGGCAGUAUGGGCACCCCAUCCACCAAGGGCACCUCCGAGAAGGAAGGUGCUGCCUGCAAAAGCUCCGACAUUCACUGCAGCGGAGGGGGGGGAGGAGGUGCUGAAGGUUUUGUUGUCUCUCCGUCCCAGCAGAGGGCUUCGAAAGCUGCUUCCACGCUGAACGUGAAGAAGGCCAGGUUACUGCAAGCUGAGGCCUGCGACGGUGCCAAGCGGAGAAGAGUAUGCGGCCAUGGGCUCCAGUCGAAUGAUCAGGAGGGCACUGCCAAACAGGGCGAACUGGGAAAAGCCCAGCAGCAGCAACACAGCACAUUGCUGGCCUCUUUGCUGCAGUCUUUCAGCUCCCGUUUGCAAAACGUGGCGUUGUCCCAGCAAGCAGGUGCCCCCAGGCUGAGCCAGGCACCGAGCCUGGGCAGCCCGCCCGAGGAUGACCUGAGGAGCUACGGCCUGGUGUCCAACCACCUGCGGGCCCUACUGAAGAACAGGGAGCCGAGCCAGAGCGAGCACCUCCCCAAGGAGCCGGAUGGACUAUACCAGAGCCCUGCCGAGCGUCCGAGGUUUCCCAGCUCCCCGGCGGAUCAUCAAGGGGCUGCUGAGCCCAUCUCCUGCUCGGCCCGGCUGAGGGCGGUGGCUAGCAUGGUGGAGAACGGUGCCCGGUCUAAUGGUUCACCCAAGCCCAGCGUGGCUUGCAGUCAACUGGCCUUGCUGCUGUCGAGCGACACUCAGCUGCAGCAGUAUACCCGGGAGCACUCGCUGGGUGCCCGUGCCCCUCACCCCUCCGCCAGCCAGAGGCUGGCAGCCAUCGCCAACCAGAAAGUGGCCGAGCCCUCGUCACCCCGCGACCCGGCUCGGGAUCACUGCUCUAAGGAUGGGCAUCGCCGCGGUGCGUCUCGGGGCAAUCCGGGGGUCCCUGAGCAAUCGCUGAGGUUGGCGGGUCACACCAGGAGCCCAUCCGGUACCCGGGAGAAGAGUGUCGGGGAGCGGGACAGGUCGCCCCUGGGCCCCAAUAACAGCAGCAGCCUGCUCAUGCACCUCCUCAACACCAACAGCAUCCCCAAGUCUUCAGCCGACGCCAGUACCGAGACCACCAACGGCCACCGUUGGCUGGGAGCCGAGAGGAGGGGCGGCCCCGCCUUCGAUUACCGUCUGCCGGCCUGGGAGAAACCGGUGAAGCAGGAGGCCGGCUCCCUGGAGGAGACUUACAGCAGCGACGAGAGCUCCCGCUCCAGUUGUACGCCCAUGGAUCUGUCCACCAAGCCCAGGAUGUGUGAGCCCAUUUCCCUCCAUUCGCGCAGCUUGGAGCAAAUGACCGAGUCCCUUCUCUUCAGCUGGAACCCCAAAGGCCCGAGGGUCCAGAGCCCCGAAGCCAAGGAGGACCGCAAUGGGCCCGAGUCCAAGAGCCACCAGAAGGUCACUCUCCUCCAACUGCUUCUGGGUCACCAGAACGGAGCGAGAGGGAACUGCACUCCCGAACCACAAGCCCCAGAGCUCAAGACUGAACGUCCCAGUAGCAUUGUUACAACACCUGAGGCUUCAGUCGCUGGUAUCGCUCUCAGCCAGAGGCCCAGGGGCCCGGAACACUUCCCUCCUUCCUCCUCCGCCUCCUCCUCUUCAUCUUCCUCGUCCUCCUCGUUGUCUUCAUCUUUCCAAGCGGCAGAGCAAAGUGCCGUAGUGAAGGUGACCCGCAGCCCACCAGCUCCGGCUGCUCACCGACUCCCGCCCCUGUGCCAUGCCAGUGAUGGCACCCACCAUCUCCUGGCCCGGCGAGGGAAGCUGGCUAGCAGCAGCGAGCCCUCGAAGACCCUCCAACACUUCCCACAGCAGCUGGAAGCUGCCAAGGGGCACCGCGCCCUGGAACCAUUGCUCCCCUCCGAGUUGGCCAAAGCUCACCAGUUUCCCAAACACUUCGCCUCCACGGAGUUGGCAACAAAUAGCCAGUACGUCUCGCGCCAGCCACUUACCAGUGAGAGCCGGCUUUCCAAUUUCUCCUUCAGCGCAAGCAAGCUAUUGCAAGACCUGGCACACACCGGCUUCCACAAGUCACCGGAAACCUCCCAAGCAGACGCGGAGGACAAGAAUGUUGUCCUCUCCUCGGUGGAGACCAGGAUGGGCGAGAGCGCUGAGAGCCUCACGUUCAGUCGGUCAGCCAAGCAGUCGGUGCUGCUGGAGCCCCGUGCCAGGAGAGAUAGGCGACCGCUCCAGCCUGGCCCAGUGCCCAGUUCCGAUCUCGAAAGCCUUCUCGAAAGACGCAGUGUCCUUCAGCUGUUGCUGAAGACCCCCAAGAAGGACAAGGUCCCAACGGCCACUCUGCAUGGGAGACCAGGGGACCACCAGACCUUGGCAGGCCCCCAGCCACCAGGGACCCAGUGCAACGGGCAAGCUGCCGAUACAGAGCCGAUAUCCAUGGUCAAGGUAAAGACCGAGCCCAUUGAAGAAGAGGGUGGCUUCCCCUCCACUGCCGAACCAAUGGAUCAAAGUGCCAAUUGCCAGCCUCUGGUGCCAAGCAAGACCGAGCAGAAGCACCCAUCUUUCACAUUGGGCAGCGUGAAGCAAGAAGUGGCUAGCCCUGCUGUGCCCUCAUCGCGAGCUCAGUGCCACCCCUGUCAGAAAGGGGGUGUCCUGAGCCAACUUCUGCAGCGGGACAACACUGCCACCCUGGGCAGCUACGCCUUCAGUCAGCACCCAGCCGCUGGCAAUCUCGCUGAGGCCCCAACACCAACCUCUGGCUCCAGUAGCCCAUGCAACAUUCCCAAGAAGAGGAAGCCUCCACCCACACCGCCCAGUGAACUGGAUGACCUACACAAGAUGGUAGACCAGAGCGAGGGGCUGAACAGCCAUGACCUCCCAUCCCGAGAGGCAGCCAAUGGCCUGAGCAGCUCUCCGGCCUGUGGCACCAGGCUGCUGGAUUUCCAACCUGGCAAUGGUUUGGAGUUUGAGUCUCGAAGUAACGUGAAGGAUCCCCAAGGCUUCAAUGUCCUGAAACAGCUCCUCCUCUCCGAGAAUGGCAUCAAAGUGCUGCCCGGACACAGGACUCUUCACAAUGGUAGCUCUGCCAGCGACAGAGGGUCCCGGCCUGACCGAAGGCUGGAAGGAGACCGCCCCACUCGCUUUUACAGCCCAUCCGAGCAGCUCAAUGGCAACCAGAACGAGACUGUGUCGGCCUUCGAGCCUGCCAGGUACCUCGGGAUCUUACCCGCUGCCGGCUCGUCUGCACACUACGCGGCGGAAAACCCUGCCUCUGCCACCGUCCCAGCACAAUCUGAGCCGGAGCACCAGGCCCCUUCCCUCGGAAUGCCCACUGAGCCACCGUGGCUGACCAAGACUAACCCCAUCCUGUAUUACAUGCUGCAGAGGGGCGGCCUAGGCCUGGUGCCCUCCCGGGCCAGAGCAGGGGAAGGAGGCGCUGCCGAGGCCGACAGGCGAAGGAAGCCUCCGCCACGGCAGAGGGCCGAGCAGCUCGGUGGCGGUGUCGGGGUGUUACCCAGUCGCCGGACGGUCAAAGCAGAGCCCGGUGAGGACUCGCUGGCUGGUCUCCAGGGCCUGGCCCCUGGUGUGCCACCGGAUCUGAACGAAAAUGCCCGCGGCAUCCUGGAGAAAGUGGCGGCCAUAAAGCGGGAGCCCGACUGAGUGGGACAUCGGGAUGGAGGGGAAAUUGAGAGAACACGCAGGAACGAAAGCAAGAAGACAAUCUUGUCCAUUAGACCAAGUCUUGUGCAAUACAAUCUGGGUCAGCUAGAUAGAAGGACAAAUGCUGCAUAUAUAAUAUAUAUGUAUAAGUGUAUAUAAUAUAGAUAUAUAUGUAUAUCAGCGCUAACAGGCAGCUUGUUGGCUGGCAUGAUUGGAACUUGUAUCUAUUGCCAGGAAUGCCAAGAUAUUGGGAUCCACCAGUUUUUAUAUGGUAAUUUUAUAUAUACACACAUAUGUAUAUGCACACACAUAUAUAUGUACAUAUAUAUAAAAUGAAUAUAAUGAGGAUGUUGCCAUUUGUUUUUGGUUUUCCCCUGUCAUGACCUGUAAUGAAAAGCAUGAUAAUCAUGUUCAAGGUGCCAUAGGCUCUAAGUUCCGUGCACCCCCAUUGGGAGCCGUGCCAUCUCUCCUUGGGGUGCUGGCACCAGUUGGUGGGCUCUUAAAUGGCCCUUGCUCACCCUGUUCCCCCCACCCCGCUCCCCCACCCCAAGCCCCUUCCUUGUGAUUUUUUUUGCACCUGGUCUCCGUGGCAAUGAUCCCACCCGGACACCGCUUGCUCCUUGCGAGUUGGCCCCAUGCCCUCCGCAGAAUGCCAACCCUAUCCCAGGAAGUGAAACGGGAUGCCGCUUUGCGACUCACGUUCGCACGUUUUGACUGCCUUUCGUUCUUUCCCUUUGUUUCUCCUCUUUUCUUCUGCACGUAAUACCUUUUUCAAUUUUUUUUUGCGCCCCCUUUGGUUUUUCUGAGACAACGUUGUCAGUCAGUGGCACAAAAUGUUUGUUUUGGUUUUGAUAACGUUGGUUUGGCAGGGUGGAUGGACAUGCUGCAAUCUCUCAGCGGCACUGGCCGUUGGAAUGAAUUUUAAUAUUUUUUGUGAGUUGAAACGCAUCUUAAUGAAACAUGUUGGGACAAAAGGUGCCAGGUGGACAAUCAGUCGAUUCAAAUGAGCUUUUUUUUUAUUAUUCACACUGCAACUCCGGUUUAUUGUCUAUUCUGAGCAGGGUCAUUCUUCUCAAAAGUAAUUCCCUCCACUGGAAAUUUUAACUUGCCUUCUCUCACCAAGGGGUUAUGUUACCACCUUCCUCUGUUCUUGCUGUAAUGUAAAUUGUAUGUAAAAAAUGUGUGUGUGUGUGUGAGUGUGUGUGUGUGAGUGUGUGUGUGUGUGAGUGUGUGUGAGUGUGAGUGUGUAUGCACACACAGACACAGUGUGUGUCCGUAUGUUGGAUGGGGGAAGAUGCCUAUAUUGUGUUGCAUGUAGCUGCAUUUGCAAGUGUUUAAAAUAUUGUAUAGUUAUAUAUGCAUAUUUUGUCCAAUUCUGUUGUUAAAAGAAAUAGAAGACUAAUCCCUCUAACUCUACGAACCGCAUGGAAUGAAAAGCAUGUGGAAUCCCUAUGCACAAAAAAAAAUGUGAUGUGUUUAUUAAAAAAAAAUGGAGAGAUGAAAAGAGAAUUUAAUGUCUUAAUAAUCGAACUUUAACUUACUUGAUCAGUCUGUGUACAUUGUGUGUACAUUGUCUGUACCUGUGUGGCCUGUCACUGAAGAAGUGGAUAGCAGGGUGUAUUCUGAAAGUUAAAUGUCCUUUUCCUUUAAGUGUUUCGAGCAAUGUUCAUUCCCGGAAUCCCACACUUUGUCCCCUGCUACUCCUCCACCAUGUUGGAGAUUGCUCUUGUACAUGGUGAGCCUAUUUAUUUAUGUUAUAGAGUCAUAGAGAUUUACAGCACAGAAACAGACCCAUGUUUUUUUUUCUCUUUUAGUUCAAACAUGAAAAUUUUGAUGAUCCAAGCUCCCUUGCUGUCCACCGCAUGAUUCUUCAGUUUAACCAAACACUCGGUUUUCAUGGGAGUCCGUGUUUGAUGUUUUAUUUUUACCUUUUGCACAAAAUCUCAGUUGGAAUUCAGGAUGAGGAUAUUGAGUUGGUAUUCCGCAGUCUACAGCUUCUUAGCACAGCUCAGAUAAAAGACUAAGAAGCUUGCUACUGAGUAUGAUACUCUACUGUCGUUUUGACACAGCUUUUGGUCUCCGGGAUUUAAAGUUCACAAGACCAGCAGGAAUCGGGCCUUUAGGUGCAGCAGAGGAGGCAGAGAGCAGUAGGUGUUGGGGACCAACUGGUUAAACCAGCAAGGGUCAGGAUUCUGGGUCAGGAAGACAAACGAGGAGUCAGGGACACAGCGGAAUCAGGGGUAAUGCAUCUCACAGACCAGACGCAGUGGGGGUUUGUGGCUCGAGGGAGCUGAUGGAAAUCAAAGCUUUGGGAGAUGGAGCCAGCAGAGGUCAGGGGAAGUGAGAACAGCAAACAGUCAUCAUCCAGGCUUCCAAGUCUGGGAGCCAUGAGGGCUUUACACAAGGAUUUCUCCACUGAGCAAUCUCAACAACAAGGCGAUAUCACAGACUGUCGAAACUCUCAUUGUCUUCCUGCUCCAACUAAGGUUUUGUGCAGACACGAGACUUCCUUUGGUGAUUAAUUAUUUGUUGUCAAUCCCAGCUUUCGUGGGAUGAUGCAGUGUAAACCCCCUUUUAUUUUUAAGGUGAGUACUUUUGGACAAUAAAUGGCAACGCUCCAAUUAUUUGGCCAAGGGUAACAGUUCUUCCACACGACAGUUACCCUCGAGCCUCUGAGGAAAGAUCCCAGUUGCCAACCCAAGUGAAAGUUGAGAGCCGAAUGCCAUUUCUCAGUUUUGUUUUUUGACAAAAAUGAAUUCAGUUUUGUGUAAAUAUGAAGAAUUUGGUUUCUUUUUGUUGAAAACGAAUGCACUGUAAACGAUGGGAAAUAUUAGAUUUUUUAAAAAUAAUAUUUCAGUACAAAUAGUAUUUUGUGUUUAUUUGGUCUUUUAGACAAUGUUACGCCUGAUCUAAUACAAACCGUGAGAACUGUACCAGUUUCUUUUGUACUCUGCAAAAAAAUGAAUAAACUUUGG